UCUGUGCCAACAUCACAUCUUUGACCCCAUCAUCUUUCUCGAAAACUCCAGAAUCCUCAUCAGCAUAAAUAAAACGUCGCGGAAGCGGAAAAAGAAAUAGCCAAGCCAGACGUCCAAGCGGACGAAAAGUCAAUCUGCGAAGCCAGCGCUUCCCAAACGAAACAAGCACCGAAUGAGAUAGGUCGUAAUCGUCUAUUUCCAAUCCGAGUGCGACCGACGACGUGUCAAGCAGCGUGCCUACCAGCAUGAGGUUGGUUGGUGUACCCAGUUGUACUAGCACCAAAACGGGUUGCCUAUCUUGGUCCUACCACAACCGUCCUGUUGCUCCUUGGUUUGUAAGAAGUACCCAGCUUGUCCCCAGCCUCCCUUGUUUCCUUGAUGUACUUCUUGUCCAUAUUCGAGUUUCCUAUGUAUUCGUCGCAAGUCAGACUUUUACCUUCAAGUACAUAUCGUUCAUAUUUGAUGUCACCAUGUUGACAGGGCUGAGGCGACGAUGGUCGGUGGUGUCGAAUCCUCCUGAAGGGAGGUCGCCGCUGAUGCCAGCUAUCAUACUCUGUACAAUGGGAGCUUUUGGAGAGGUUUGUUUGACAAGUACGCAUAUGUACUUGAUAGAACAAGCAGCAUGUAGAAAGUACUUUGGGGCUUAUGAUCCUGCACAAAUCGGCUUUAAUGGCUUGAUGGACGAGGAGUUGUGCAAAAUAGCACCAGUUCAGACCCAGGUCGCGCAGAUAAACGGAUUGUAUGCUGUCUUGGGAUUCAUUCCUCCCAUCUUUCUUACAGGACCCUACGGGAAGAUGGCGAAGAUACUAGGGAAGAAGAAGAUCAUGUUGUUGAACGUGAGUAGUCUUACUUUGGCUGGCUUGUAUUUUACGUUGGUUUGCUAUUUCUACAAUACUUUCGACAUUCGAUGGAUUUACUUGACACCAUUUCUCGACAUAAUUGGCGGAGGUCAAGUCAUUAUGGCGUCUUUCAUCAUGACCUACAUCUCAGAGUGUGUGAAUUCGAAGCGUCUGAGCCAUGUCUUCUACAGACUAAGCGCUCUGCAACUACUAUUCGCAUUCUUCGCCAUGCUAGUCAGCUCCGUCACCCUCCGCCGCAACGUUUGGGUCCAAUGCCUCAUCGGAAUCAUCGUCCUAAUCUGCAUGAUCCCAAUCUGCCUCCUCUUCCCCGACUCACGACGCACCUUCCUCGCUCCUCCCCAACGACCAACCCUCAUCCCAUCCUCACCCGAAGACUCAGCCUCCGACGACUCCGACUCCAUAACUUCCUCCCAAUCCAGCUCCGAAACCACUUCUCUCCUCCCCAUCGGCCCCCUAACCCCAGAAGACCCAGACUCCCAACCCGCCCUCUUCCGCACCAUAUUCUCCGCGCUCGCUUCCCACACCACACAUUCCCUCUCCCUCUUCCACUCCAUCAUCUACGCAAACAAGUUCUCCCGCUACACGCUCUUCACGUACUUCAUGCUCACGCUCGGCACCGGCAUCCGGAUCAUCUUCGCGCAAUGGGGGAGCAUUACUUUCGACUGGCUGUUCGCGGAAGUCAACGCCAUCACAGGAUUCGAGAUGGUCGUCUCGGGCAUCAUCCUCGUUUCUCUCCCGUACAUCACGCACUCGCUCCUGAAGCCUAGACUCGGGUCCUCGAGCUCGGUCGACAUUUUCGUCACGAAAGCUUCGGUGUUGGCGCACGCUGUUGGGGUGGUGUUGAUCGGGUUCGCGCCGAGUAGAGUGGGGUUCAUCUUCUCGAUGACGAUAUGGACGCUGGGAAGUGGGUUGGGGGCUAGUUUGAGGAGUUUCUGUACGGGGAUGAUGGAGAGUCGGGAGGCGAUUGAGGAGAUUUAUUUGGGGAUUGGGAUGAUGGAGACGUUGGCUAAUAUUGUUUCGACGGCGAGUUGGAGCGCGGCAUUCUCGGAGGUGCUGGAGAUGAAGUAUUGGGUUAUGAGGUUGCCAUUUAUGGUUAGUUCUUCGUUGUUGGUUGUGGUUUUUGCGUGUGUUUGGGUGUUGGGUCGGUUUGAUAGGGUGUUGCCCACGAUGAGUGAGGGCUUGAUGAAUGAUGAUCAUGACAGUAAUGAAAGUGAUGAUAUGCUUUAGUUAGAUGUUUUGUAGUUUUUGUUCUCUGUUGAUAAGCGUUGUAGGGCUGGUGAUAUCUUCGGUUGUUAUGACUUUACGCACGAUACGCUCGUUUGUAUGGAUAUUAUGAGUACACGCAGCGUGGGCGGCCAGUUACAGAAUGUUAGAUUCUCCUUCUCG